AUGGGGGACAUCGUAUUACCACUGCUUGUUCCUGCCGAUGAAUACUCCGAGACAGAAGGAAAGUUAGCUGCGUCAUUGCGAUGGUUGAUCAAUAGAGUUUAUGAAAAAGAAUGUGACAUUCCUGAUAAGUUACGAAAUGGAAUAAGUAGAGAUGACAAGCUGAGACUUCAAGUUGACCAAUCCGUCUUGUUUGGAUUAAUCAAUGGAAGUCUCUACAAUAUGGCUGCUGCUAAAAUCUUCAAAGAACCACAUUUAGUUCAGGCAUCUCCUGCAGCUGUUCUCGCUGCUCUAACUGAUUAUGGAAUUGAUGUUAUCCAUAGGCCUGAAGAGGGAGGACAGCCUGUCGUGGAUAGUGAUCUUACCUGUAGGGAAUUUAGAACGUCAGCUCACCUGGCUGUGAUGGACGCUUUGAUGUUAGCUCAUUUGCGAGAUGUUAUUACCGUAGAGAGAGUUGUAGAAUCCGUCAGCCGACAUACAAGUGUUGACGAUCGGGAGCGACCAAUGGAUUCAGCGGAUGCUUUGUUAUUCUGGAUUAAUAAAAUUUGUUUGCUUAUCAGAGAUGAAGUUGAGAGAUCACAAAUUAUGCUCAAAGGAAGUGAUGAUGGUGGUAUGAUACCAGAAAUGGAGGAUUUAUAUGAUGAUAUUAGUGAUGGACAGUGUCUCUGUGCUAUGAUUGCUUUUUAUCGUCCUCGAGAGAUGGAUAUACAGGAAGUGUGUUUCAAUGAGCAAAUGAGUAACCCGGACUGUCAGUACAAUUUGACGUUGUUAAGAGAAUUUUGUCGCAAUAAUCUUCCACUAAAUAUAUUCCACUUCGAAGUUGAAGAUAUAUUAUAUUUACAUGAUUCCCUUCAAAUGAAUAUUAAUGUAUUCCUAGCUGAUUUGUUUGAAGUUUUCGAACCUGCACCAAUCAUUCCUCCACAAAUGGAAGUUCAGUCACCGCGCAGAUUCGUUCCUAUCCAGCCCUUUUCUGAUUUAAGGGCAGCCAAUGUUGCUGCGAGAAGUGCGCACCCUCCCAGAGUGAGAAAUCCAUUUAGCGUUCAUGUUAGUCAAACAACACCAACUCGAAGUAUGAGCAUGAUGAGUCAAGAUAGUUUGAUGACUAAUAGAUCUAAUGAUACAUGGAGAGCUAAUCAGUUCCAAAGAUCGCCAGAACACUGGGGGGCCAAUGUCACUAACUUCGGUAGACUUAACCAGGCUGAACAUGGUUCGAAUGGAAACUUGUCUCAAGUUGGUCAAUACACGAGGAGUGAUUCAUUACCAGGAGCUUCCAUCCGGUUACAACUUGAGGAGAAACGACGUGACCAUGAGAUGCGUAAACUCAUGCAAAACAGCUUAACGGAAUCAGAGAGAGCAGAGAAGGGUAAAGCCGCUUUCUUUGCUGUGAUGAAUCAAGCAAAAAGUGCUACACAGAAUCAAAAUGACAUGAAGUUACUAGAAACAGUAGUGAAGAAAAUGGAAGCGUUGGAGGAACAAUUUACGAAUAUGCAAAUUGGACGAGAUUCUCGUUUAGGUAGAACAGUUAGUCAGCCUAGUGUGUAUCAGGAUUUACAACCUGCAUCAGCUAGACCGGAUUUUGCUGUUCCUCGAGGGGGAUAUCAACAACAGCCUCAACAGCAGUAUGACCCAUAUUACGGAGGAUAUGUUGCACAAGACGGACACUACGCGCAACCUCAACAACAACAACCUCAAACACAGAUGAGAUCAAGUUUGAGCAAUGGCAUGAUCAAUUAUUUACCAGCUGGUCAAUCUCCUUACGAUUAUCAGCAAUCUCCCCAGCAACAGCAACUUUACUCGCAAGGUCAAUAUUCUGUAUAUAACUCUCCGCAUCAAAUGGGACCUCAACCUGGAUUCCAGUUGAACCCCAUGCACCAAUCUGCUCAUGCUUCCACUGGCUUCUCUAUGCACCAACAGCAACAGCCGCAGCAAGCACAACAGAUGAUGAUGCCUCCAUUUGGCCAGAACUCCCCAUAUCAAGGUGUUACACCGCUUGAUCUACAGCAUCAACAACAAAAUGCUUAUCACCAGCAGCAACACCCCAGUAAUUUCUCCUAUGCCGGGACCCCUGAAAAUAUGCCUCCCAAUGGUUUCGAAAGUCAUUCCAAUGCUGGCACUUUUAGAUUGCAUAGUAACGAUACUUCGAAUAGCCGCCUUGAUCCGCCCCUAGAACUAAAUAGGAACUUAACAAAUUGGGGAAUGACUAUGAAGGCUGGCCAUACACCUGGCAGAAACCAACGUCGUAUGUGGGAAAACCAAACAUUCAUCAAGAACGAGAUGGAUUUGGUUAACCAUCCUGAUCUCGUACCAGUAGUAACUGAUUCCGAGGAUUUUAACGCUCAGAGAAGAUCUCCCUCUGUAGUUGGUACGAUGCGGAAAUCUCGUGAUUCUAAAGAUGAGAGUAUUACUGAUGAAGACAAACAACAAGCAGUCAAUGAUCCAGAUCAAACAUCCCAGUAUUCUUCGCCACCUCGUGACCCAGGCGUGAAUUCUCAACACAUUCUGAAUAAUAGCGCCUCCAAUGUAGAUUCUGCAUUGAAGUCAUCUGCUGCACCUGCUGCUCCCGUGUUUGUGGUUACUGAUGAACAAGCCGCUUCGGAUUUUGACAAGAUAGCUGAACAACGGAGAGAAGCCAAGAAAGCCGCUUUGCUUGCAAAGACGAUGAAGAGGAAAGAAGAGUCUGGUGUGAAGAUGGAUCAAAUUGAGCAGAGGAACAUGGAGCGGAAAUUAGCCGAAGAAGCAAAGAGAGAGAUGGCCGAGCAGAGGAAAGUGGAGAAGGAGAUGCAAAGACAAAAAAUACUAGAAGACUAUAAAAGGAAGAAGAUGGAAAAAGAUUUGGGCGAAGUUUCAUCAGCGAGAUUGAAUUCGGCAAGAGGACAAUCACAGCCACCAUUUGAGAGAACGAAAUCUCAGAUGACUACAUCUACAUCUUCGGCCACUCCUCCUCGUCUCCGUGGUGCUUCAACUGUUGAACAGAGAAUAUCCGUUCAGAGUUUACAGGAACCAACACAUAAACUGUAUUCAAAAGUCGUUCCUAAAUCGAAUAGAGGACUGAUGGUUAAUGCUCUUCAAUACAGUGUCUUCCCUGGAGCAGUGAAUGAUUCUAUUCGGACGAAGACUAUGAAUGAUUUAGCAACGUCAAUUGCUAAGCAUUUUCUCAUUUUGUUCAGGGAUCAUAAGUGCCAAUACCGCGGACUAUAUGCCUGGGAUCAACAAUCCGAUACGGUCGAGAAAAUUUCUGGGCAAGGACCUUCAAAAUGUAGGGAAGACAUGAUGAAUCUGAUGUUCAAAUACGAUUCGGGAGGAAAGUCGUUCUCACAAAUUCCAACAAAACACUUGGGAGCCACAAUUGAUGGAUUCUCAAUUCAGGAUGCGUUCUGGCAGAAAGCUAAAAUCCCCCAUAGUAAAGCAGCUGGUAAAGCUACUCACAAAGACAACUAA